AUGUCAGCCCCCGAAGAGAACCAGCAUCAGUCGCAAGACGAUGGCUCUAUUGAUGAUGCUAUCGCCCAGGUGGAGCGAUCCGAAUACAACUUGGGCACUGUCAGCGAUUCCUUCAUCUCUACUGAGGGUGAUAUUGUCCAUUUGGAUCCAGUCAUGGUGUACACCAAGGGAAACUUGGAUGGGCGAGCCGGAUUUCUCUCACCUGACAUGAUCGCAAAGAGUAUCGAUACCUGGAACAACAACCCGCUUUACGCUUCUUCUGAAAAUGAUCCCAAUCAAAGAGUAGCAACUCUCGAGGAGGUUUUGGAUAAGAUUGUCUUUGAAAAUGCGCCGCCAGCUCCAGGCGAAGAGUCUUUUAUGGAUCUCAAUUCUAUCAAAACGGUGAGACGAAACGUGACAGUUCCUCUUCAAACCAACAGCUCGGAGGGGACCGACGAGAAGAAGAAGCCAAGCUGGAUUGUCCUUCGCCAAUAUCCUGGCUCUGAAUUGGAUAGUCUGGCGAAGUCGUUCAGGGGAGAUGAAGAUCCUAGCGUCUCUGAAAGCAUCAAUAAAACCUGCCCUUCGCUGGAUUAUAAGCCUCAUUUCCUCGCAUGGCGACCUGGAACACCCCUUGGUGUGAAUACAGAUAUCACUCAUGAGGGUAGUAUGUAUUUUGUCAACCCUGCGUGUCUCAUUGCCGGCCUCCGUGCGACUGGGGCGAGUAUUGCGGAAAGUCGUCGUACUCACCGCGACGCUCCCGAUUAUCAGAACACCUUCACGACCAGGCUUCUGGAAGGUAUCAAUCAUUCCAUCGCUGAAAGUUUCAUUCGCGAUGGACAAGUCAUGAAGGAUAACGAUACGUACACGUCGUACGUGGGUGAUGCUGCCAAGUCUGAGGCAUUGGAGUUGAGAGUAAACGCGGACUCAGCGGAUGAUCGAGGAGUUCCCGAACAUAUCUUCAUUCCGAGAUACUCGCACAAAUGUGUUGAAGAUGUGACUGUGCGUUCAAGUACAGAGCUUGGAGCCCGGCCCUCGCAUGUAUGA